AUGAAUCCGUCAACUUCCAAACAAACAAAAACUACCGCCGGCAACUGGCAUCCGGAUCCGAAUGGAGAGGAUGACGACGAUGCAUUGGCACAGGACCUGGACAUGGCGUCGAAAAAAGUGCCAUCGGUCGGUUUUCCCAAUCACGACUGCAAAACCGGACACAAUAUCGACCUUUUCCGGGCCUACGUUCCCGGCGAGUCAUUCGGAAAAAGGAUUUCCCGUUGGUUCCGCCAGCUAUGCUACCUGGACCAAACCAGUGCUCUCAGUCGGGAAGUGUUCCGCAGCGAUACCGCAAUGAAGCGAGAAAUUUCCCGUCACAUCAGCUACUUCUCCAGUACGGUUCACCCAUUCAGUUAUCUCAGAUUUUGCUGGGAAUGCAUCAUGAUCUUCGCAUUCGCCACCGCAUUCAUAUUCAUCCCGUACGAUGUGAUUUUCCUCUUCCGACCGGAAGACUAUCACCCCCUGACGUGGUUCCAUCUGGUUGUUCUAACUUUCGACGCAAUUUGCCUUAUCGACAUCUGCUUCAGCAUCCGAACUGGGUACUAUGACCCCGACAGCCAUCACGUGGAACUGGACCCGUGCCGAAUCGCCAAUCGCUACGUACUGCUCUGGUUCUGGAUCGAUUUGAUCAGCUCCGCACCGGAUCCGCUACUCACGCGUUACAUCGUAUCGAAGAAAGUUCUCCAGCAUUCGUUCGUCGAUUGCCUUCGGGAGCGCGAUUUCCAUUUCGGGUGCUUCUGGGACUUUUGGAAUGUCCUGUCGAUGUUGAAGAUGUUACGGAUGAGGACAUUUCUGCGGUACAUCAACAACGUCUACCGAAGGUAUGGGCUCCGAAGGAAUGUAAUGAAGUUCACAACGAUAGCCACGGUCAUUGUGCUGUCGCUUCAUUGGGCUACCUGUGUGAUGUUUCUAGUGGCAAGAUUCCGCCAGGGAACCGAUCCGGAUCUGAUCGAUCCAUAUUCCUGGAUUAGUCAGGUCGAUAUCUGGAACAAACAACCUUUUCAUCAAUACAUCGAAUGCUUCUUCCGGACGCUCUACACGAUGGGAUUGGUGACCUUUUCGAUGGAUCAGUUUAUGAGUGAUGACGAUAUCCUAUUGGCUUUGUUGUUCAGCACCUUCGGGUACAUUUUGAAGAUCUAUGUUCUGGCUGAACUUUUGAUCUUCAUCAGGAUCAUGUUCUCCAGCACUAGCAUGUACUACGAAUAUCGCCACGAGCUUCAGGAUUACAUCCGGUCGGAGCAGCUUUCUCCGGAACUAGAACGCCGAAUGAUGUGCUUCUACGAUCAUCGCAUCUCCGACCGGUACAGUCGGAAGACGCAAAUCGAUGUCGCCACUGGAAAGCAGUUCCACCUGGGCAUCCGGGAGGAGACUUGCGGUCGAAUGGUGCAAGGAGUUUCGCUGUUCCGCGAUACCAUGAGCCCGGAAAUGUUCCGUUGGCUGUUGAACAAUCUGCAGUAUCAGCUGUUUGUGAAAGAGGACCUGCUAGUGAAGGCAUCGGAGGGAAGCGACGGAGCUAAAAUGAUAUUCGUGAUACAGGGAACCGUUGCUGUCUACACUGCCAACUGGAGGGAAGUGCUGCACCUGGAAGACGGAGAGCACUUUGGAGAGUAUCAGCUCGCGCUCGGUAGCAUUCUGAUGAAAUACUCCAACAUCGUAGCCGUCGAAACGAGCGAAGCGUACAUUUUGACGAGAGCCGUUUUUAUGCAAAUGCUGGUGCAAUAUCCGGGAUUGGAAGAGCGAAUCGUGGCACUGGCGCAGGAACGGUAUGAAACUUUGGCAGCCCUCGAGCGGAACGUGGUGCUCGAAACUCUCCAGGAGGCGGAAACCAUUCGGCGUACAAAGGCUUACGGGUAA